AUGAGUCAAAGAAUUUUUUUUAUAGUUUCCUUAUGUGUCUUAGUUACUUGUAGUGAUUAUAAGUUUGAGAACUGCAUUCUACAUUCUCGAAGUGACACUGUAAUUAUAGAUCUUUCUGAUAAUUUGGAAGACGAUUCGUGGUUCGAUGUUGGACCGGAGAUGCCCAAUAGUACCUACUAUUUUUCUCUAUGUCCUAAAGUACAAUCUAAAUGUCCUGACAAUGGUUUUUUCUGUUUAAAAUUGAACGGGACUAUUUUAGAUCUUGCCUCCACCUUUGUUGGAACAUCUGAGGUGAUGGAUGGUAGCAAUAUAUAUCAUUAUAUGUUAUUGAAUGGUAAACACGGAAGCGGCAAGGUGAACAUACAGUGCGAUGAAAGUCGCAUGGAUCCUGUUGUUACGUCAUUGUCAUAUCCUCCAACUUUCAAAGAUGGACAUCCAUAUUUUGACUAUUUGAUCUCGUGGCGUUCAAGUUCCAACUGCCCAUUGAAGCAUUUCAGUGUGAAGAACAAUUGCAUUUUAUAUACUCACCCUCGAAGUUAUGAUUUGAGACCAUUGCGGAAAACUCAUCAAGUGAAAGUAGCCGAUAAAGAUUAUAUCAUUAACAUUUGUGAAAUUCUGAGUUCAAACUGCUCCUCAUUCGUUUGUGAAGUUGACAAUAGCGUGGUUGCGAAACCUCUCAGCAAUGCCUUCGAGCUUAGUUAUGUGGAACACAAAGGGCUCAGCUUUAGUUAUCCAACGCUAACAGGUGGAAAAAUCGUUAUUAAUUUGAUUUGUUCGCUUGAUCAAGAAGAUUUUAAUUUGAAUCUUGUUUCCAAUAAUAAAGAAGAUUUGGUUUUUUCUAUCAACACACCAUUGGUUUGCGAUUUUCAUGUGAUCAAUUGUUUGUUACAUGCUCCAGAGAAAAAUAUUGCUUAUGAUCUCUAUCCAUUGAAUAAAAUGAUUGAUAAUUAUGAAUGGAAGUUAAGUAAUGGAAAAAGACUACUUUUGAAUGUUUGUGGACCUUUGAAUUAUAUUCCACAGGUAGCUUGUGCAGAUGGUCUAAGGAAUUUUGGAUGUAUUAUAGAUGCAAAUAAUCAGACUGAAGCUACAGUAACAUUUGCUAAUGUUACUGUCAUUGGACCAGGCCACAUAGCUAUGGUUUACAACAGUAAAAAUCUUGGUAAAAGUGAUAUCUUUAUUAAUAUCUCUUUCAAAUGUUCAAAACAUGUUAGUGUCACUCCAACUGUAUCUAGAAAUGAUGUUAGUAGAUUUAACAUUGAUUGGAAUACAUAUGCUGCAUGCCCAUUAAAGUAUUCUGCUGGAAAGAACUGUGAAGUUGAAAAUUUAUAUAACCAGAGUAAAGUUAACCUUAUGCCCCUUCAUAAAAAGAAAUUAGAUUAUUUUAUUGUGAAUGAAAAAGAAUCAUUUAGAAUUAACGUUUGUGGUGGAUUAACACAACGUUGCUCAAGGAAUCCUAAUGCUGCAGUGUGUUUCAAAAAUUCCAAUGGAACAGAGUUAGCAAUAGGUGAUACUGGUGCUUUGGAACCAAAUUUUAUAGACGGUCAGUUUAUAUUUAAUCUUGAAGGUGAACCUUGCCAUGAUAAUGCUACCAAAAGUAGAAUUAAAAUAAUAAUGGCAUGUGAAUUCUCAAGUAAUAAUACAUCAAUUUAUUCUCCUGAACUAUUUCCUAAUGCAAAGGAAAAUGAAUGCAUGUAUUAUUUUUAUUGGAAAACACCUCUGGUAUGUGGAUCAUCCGUGUCUUCUAAAUGUACCUAUUCAAAUGAAGUAGUUAAAUAUGAUCUAUCCUCUUUGAUAAAUUUAAGGGAAAAUUACAUUAUAAAUUACAAUGAUUCAGAAAUUGAACUAAAUAUAUGCCAUUCACUGAUACCUGGUCAUAGAAUGCAUUGCCAUGAAUGGUCAGGAGCAUGUCUUAAAAAUCAUUCAAUUAAAUCAAUUCUGUCAGCUGCUUAUGAUAAUCAUGAAAACAAUGAAAAUCUAGGAAUGGUUAGUGAACAAGAUGACUUUGAUUUAAUCGACAAUAAGAUCCGUUUGUACUACAAGAAUGGUGGAGUUUGCAGAUCAAGCGAAGUGGAAACUGUAUAUUCCACAACUAUUGAUUUCAUCUGUGAUAAAACUGCCUCUGAUUCUGAACCAAUACUUACGAGCGUAAAAGAUUGCCAUUACAAUGUUUCAUGGACAACUUCUGCUGCCUGUCCAACUUACAAGAGCAAAGCCCCUUGUUCAAUUAACAUUUCUAAUAAGACGUUUGAUCUUUCAAAUUUUAUGGAUAAAACUUUUCCAGUUCAAAUAGAAAACUCAAAAGAACCUCUCAGUUAUGAAAUAACUAUUGGAAUAUGCAGACCUGUUGAUACUAUAGGAUGUUCAGGAAAUUCAGGUUCCUGCCUUUUUAAAGAUGGAAUUACUAAAAAUCUUGGAAAUUACAAUUCAAAACUUCAGUAUGUCAAUGAAUCUCUUAGGCUGGUCUAUGAAGCUGACAAUUGUAAAUCUACUGUGAUAGAGUUCAGUUGUGGACAAUCUGAAUCUUCUGGACCUUUAUUGAUAAAAAGAAAUAAUUGUACAACUAGUAUCUCUUGGUCUACAAGAUUGGCCUGCCCUGAUGAUUAUGAAUUAAGUGAAAUGAAAUGCUGUCAAGGCAUUGAAGACAUUUGUGAAAAGCUAAACCAAACAUACAUACUUGAUAUUAAUGAAAAAGAAAAAGCAUUUAUAAACAUAUGUAAACCAUUGUUGCCAAAAUGGGGUAUUAUGUGUCCGUCUGGGUCAGUGUCUUGUUUGGCCAAUAAUGAAUCAUUAGAUUCUUUUUCUUCAGAAAAGAGUCUAGGUUCUUUUAUGUUACCUCCUGUAUUAUUAAAUGACAAAACAGCAAUAAUAAAAUACUUCGAUGGUUCUGUUUGUCAUAAAGAUUCUGAAACAAGAUAUUCAACAUCAAUUACAUUCCUCUGUGAUGAGAAUGCCCAUAUUGGUCGUCCAAUGCUAAUAAAUAUAAGUGAUGAUUGUCAAUAUGAAUUCAAAUGGGCUACUUCAUUGAUGUGCCAUGAAAAGUGUUCAUUACCUAUUGGAAACAAGAACAUCUAUAUUUUGGAGCAGUUCCAGAAUUGGGAUAAGAGAAUAUUUUUAAAAAAUGGUUUAGUCAAAAGCCCAUAUAUUUUGAAUUUGUGCCAAGUAUCGGCUAGGUGUGGAAGCCAUAUUUGUAAACUGGAUCAUACUUCAAAAUGGCUGAGUUUUGCUGAAUCUAAUAGUUAUCAAAGCCUUAAGGUUUCUGAUUCUGAGACUAGAAUUUUCUAUAAAUACCUAAGCAGUAAUACAUCAAAAGAUUCAUGUGGGGCUCAAGUAGACUUAAUAUGUGAUAACUAUGAUAGAGGUCCUGGAAGGCCGUAUUUAGAAGAGGAGAGAGAUUGUUUCAUCCAUGUAGUAUGGAAAAGUAACUUGGCUUGCUUUUCAGAAAAAAACUCUGAAAGUUCAUCCAAUAUUGCUGUAUGGUGUGUUUUUUCUUUGGCUAUUCUGGCUUUUGCUGUCAUAAUUGCAGGUUUGUUAAGGUAUAAUAGCCGAUUAAAUCUGGGAUCAUGUUUGAACAGAAUACUUGGCUACCGAAGGGAUCUAGAAAUUGCAGAACUUCAAAUGUAGCAUCGCCUAAUCAAUUUGUGCGCGUGUGGUGCUUAUUCAUGCCUGAAGUUGACACUGAACUCGAAUCUUUAACAAUUGAAGAAGAAAUUGAAAAAGAAAAAUUGUUUAUUUUAAAGACAAGAUAGCUUAAUAAAUAAAUGUUCAGGAUUAUUUUCUUAAAUAAAGAUUAUUGUGAUUCCAAGCAAAGUAUACCUAUAAAUAGAAGUAUAUUCAUUAUUUAGUUUAA